AUGGUACUGUUAGAAAAACUAACGGCGCAAGAACGAUUAAAACAUGCUAAACGACGACGACAACAGCAACUUGCCAAUUGGGCACGCCGUGAAGCAUCAUUAAAUAAUAGUACAAUAAUAUCAUCAACAAUGACAAAUGGAAGUCUAACAUCAAUAUCAAAUCAUAAAAAAUCUAAAUCAAUUCGAUUAAAAGAUUUUUUAGUUCAAUUUCCUGAAAAUAUCGUUUUAUUAGAAGCUACUGCACGUCAAGAUGUUGACGAAGUACGGACUCUUCUUCAAUCAGGAAAAUAUAAUCCAAAUACGGCUAAUGAAGAUGGUCUUACACCAAUUCAUCAAUGUUCAAUUGAUAAUAGUGAUCAAAUAUUACGAUUAUUAAUUGAAUAUGGUGGUGAUGUUAAUGCAAAAGAUCGAGAUUUAUGGACUCCAUUACAUGCUGCAGCUACUUGUGGUCAUAUACAAAUAUGCAGAAUUCUUAUAGAAAAUGAUGCUGAAUUACUUGCUUUAAAUGCUGAUGGUAAUAUGCCCUAUGAUAUAUGUGAUGAUGAUCAAACUCUUGAUUAUAUUGAAACUCAAAUGGAUCGUAUUGGUAUAACACAAGAAAUGAUUGAUAAAACAAGAGCACAAGUUGAAAAUCAAAUGUUAUUUGAUUUAAAAAUAUUAGCUAAAAAGUCUUUAUCAUCAGUACGUUCAAUAGAUGAUAUUCUAUCAUAUAGAAAUCAUGAAGGUGCAACACCACUUCAUAUAGCUAGUGCUAAUGGGUAUCAAAUUGUUGUGGAAUAUUUACUUCAACAACAUGUAUCAAUUAAUCUUCAAGAUGCUGAUGGUUGGUCACCAAUUCAUGCUGCAGCAUUUUGGUGUCAACAACCUAUACUCACUCAAUUAAUUGAAGCCGGAGCAGAUAUAUAUGAAAAAAUCCCAGAUGGUCGUUCAGCUGUUGAUCUAUGUGAAGAUCCUGAUAUACGUACAUAUAUAAUCGAUUUUCGAGAACAAUGUGUACGUAAUCAGGAAAAAGCAGCAGCAGCGGCGGCCGCUGCUGCUGCAGCUGCUGCACAGGCAGCACAAUUACAACAAAAACCAAAUACAACGAAUUUAAUAAAUACUCGUCUUCAAAUUGGUACAAAUUCUUUACCACAUGGUGUAAUACCUCGCACAGGUACAUUAUAUGAAUCUCGUUCGAGUAUAUCAUCUCCAUAUGGUAGUGGUUCAUCAUUAAAUCGAACAAGUUCAAUACGUCGUGCAUCAUUACGUGAUCGUGAAAAAGUUAAAAAAUUAAAUGAAAAUUUUCUUGAUGUAUUACAAGCGAAAGAUAAAAUACAAGAAGAUGUUGAUGAAAAUGCAACAAAUCCUACAUUAACAAAUGAAACAAUAACAUCAAAAGUUGUUAAUAAAGAAGAAUGCUCAAGUAGUACAACAACAGACUCAACUGUACGAGAAACAACUACAACAACAAAUCCAAUAAAAAAAUCAACAAAUACACUUACUAUCGAGUUACCAUUACCACCAUUAAAAGUCCCACCACCGUUACCACCACCUCAAACAACAGCUGAUACAUUAAGUGACGUUAAACGGCGACGUGAAGAAAGACGUCGUGGUGUUGGUGGUCCAUCAUCAUCAUCAAAUAUUAUUCUUCCUCCUCCUUCACCUCCAACUGUAAAAUCAUUACCACUACCUACAAUUGAAAUCAAUCAUGAAAGUAAUAAUAAACUAUCGAAUGGUAAUCAUCUAUCAGCAAUAAAUGAUCCAAUACAAAAUUAUUCAGCGAAAAAAUAUAUUGAAAUUCAUGGUCAUAUUCCAGAUGAUGAUCAUGAAAAACGAAUUUGUUGUACAAUUUUGUGA